AUGUCUCUCAAGUCCGGUGACAGCUUCCCCGACAACGUCGUCUUCAAGUACAUCCCCUGGAGCGAGGAGAGCGACCAAAUCACCUCCUGCGGCAUCCCCAUCGACUACAAUGCCUCCAAGGAAUGGGCCAACAAGAAAGUCGUCCUAUUCUCCGUCCCCGGCGCCUUCACCCCCACCUGCUCCGUGAAUCACGUCCCCGGAUACAUCCAGAACCUCCCCAACCUCCGCGAGAAGGGCGUUGACAUCGUCGCCGUCCUUGCCUUCAAUGAUCCCUUCGUCAUGAGCGCCUGGGGCAAGGCGAACAGCGUCCGCGAUGACAUCCUUUUCCUCUCGGAUCCUGAGGCCAAGUUUUCCAAGAGCAUUGGCUGGGCUGAUGAGGCUUCUGGUCGCACUGGUCGGUAUGCCAUUGUUAUCGAUCACGGUAAGGUCGGCUAUGCUCAGAUUGAAACUGAGAAGGGUGCUGUCAAGAAAUCUGGCGCCGAUGCCGUCCUUGCUUCCUUGUAG